UUACAGUUUAGCUUCACCUAACUGUCUCUCCGCGGUUUGACGCGUCGUUAAAAUUUACUCGUUUGUUUGAAAGCUUUGUUGUGUGAAUAAUACUUAACUCGCUUCAACCGGGAGUUACAUUCGAUUUACAAAAAAAAAAAAUGACGCUUCCGUACUCGCACAGCUACAGAACGUUUAGUGUUGCCUCCGAACCGGGAACGGGGGCCACUGUGGUCCCAGUGUCUUCAGUCCAGUAUGUUAAUGGUGCUGUGGAGGGGAAUGUGGCAUACGGGGGCGUGCGUUAUUUAAUGCCAGUUCAACGAGCAGAAUCGUACGUGCUGGUCAACCAGUCUCCGCAAGUCAUUUCACCUGUUUACCUGCAAAACGUACAAAACGUACAAAGCCUACAGCGCGUCAGUGUAAGCAGCUUGGACGAGACGGACAUUUCACGCCAACAAGUUGUGAACAUACAGAAUGGGGGGAGUUCUACUGUCUUCAGCCAGAUUUCCAGUCCAGCCAAGAGCCCUGAACCACCAGCUCAGGAGGUUGUCCAGAGCGAGGUUGUGGAGAAAAGCACCACCAACGUGGUGGAGACCGUGAUGGAGACGGACGUGUCACAGAAGGUGAAGCUGCCUGACUUCGAGAUGCCGAAAGUGGAACAAACGGUGAAACUGGACACGCGGUUUUUCGGAGAGCUGCUUGCCGAGGUGUACCGCAAGAAUUCCGACAUCUACUCCUGCAUUUCCGAACACGUGGCGAAGAUCCGUGGACGGAAGCACCUUUUGGACUCAUCCAAUGACUACAAGAUGGAGAGAGAAGAGGUGGAAGCUCUCAUCCCUAAAGGUGUGUCUGAGUUGACCAAGCAGCAGAUUCGCUACCUGUUACAGACGCGUCUGACCGCUGAUAAGACCAUGCGUCUGCUGCUGACCACCUUCAGCAGUCUGAGGGAGGAGCUGAUACACCUGCAGGACGAUCUGAGGCGUCUGGAGACUGAGAAGGAGGAGCUGGAGAAAGACCUGAGCUUUAAGGCCGACCAGGCCCAGCAGUACGACCGGCUACUGGAGGCAGUGCGGGAGAACAACCGUCAGCUACAGGCCUCUCUGAAAGAGAGCGUCUCUGCUCAGCGUGUGUUGGAGACCCAGGUGCUGGGCAGUCGUAGCUCUGACUCCAGUAGAGAGUUUCGCAUUAAAGAGCUGGAGGGCAGUCUGAAGGCUCUGCAACAGGAGAACGACAUGCUACGCCAGAGGAUGGCAGGUCAGGGCAGUAGUAACAGUGCCGCUCUGCAGCUGAAGACAGAGGAGCUGUCACGGCACUAUAACCAGAUGAUCACCUCCCUCCGUGAGGAGAAAGAGAAAGAACUGCAGACCCUGCGGUCCCAGCUCAUUAAGGUUCAGACGGAGUACAGUACGGAGAGGUCCAGUGACAAGAGUCUGCAGCUGAGAAUCACAGAGCUCCUCAGCUCUCUGGAACAGAGAGAAUCUGUCAUCAAACGGCAGGAAGAGGAGAUCAGACGACUAAGGCAGGAGAAAAUUGACAGCUCUAACUCCAGCUCCAAGAAUGUCACCCAGACUGUCGUCACCAGAUAUGUGAAUCAGUACCCGAUCCUGGGUUUGCUGAGCGAUGAUUACCAGGCCACAUCUCCGGUCAGAGAGACCAAGACUGUGGUGAUUAAGAAGACAGAGGAGACCAGUCAAAAACUGUAAAAAUCCCACAUGACUCCAGCCUGCCACAGCAAGGUAAGUAUUUACAUAAACGCUCUCAAUCUCAAGGACUGACAAGUGAUUGACCUGUCACUUUAUCAAACUUUUUAUUCCGUUAAUAAUCUCAAAAACCUGUUCGUAAAUCUUGUCAGGUUAAUUAUAAUCCUAAAUUUGCUAAUUUGAACCAAAAUCCAGCGUUUGCUAAGGUGAAAGCUAAAACGAUUAGCUCAC